UCUUCUUUUCCCUUUUCCGCCACAUUUCUACAGUUCUCAAUGCGAGCAUCCUGAGCCAAAUUUCAAGCCUUGGCUCAUCUUCAUAUCCAGAUCUACAAGUAGAGAACAAACCGCUUGCACCCAAUGGUUCGCCAGCUGCAACGUGCAAUUCUGGUCAUUCUGGUUGUCGUCGGAGUGUGCCUUUGGAUGACCGAAGUCGUGCUCUUCCAGCAGAUCGGGCUUUACAAUGCAGUCAUCCACAAUACUGACUGCACUUCAUGGCCAACGCUGGGUCGGGUCGGGAUGAACACUGCUCAAGCUCACUCUGCGUUACCAGAGUUCAACAAGAUUGAGCCCAAGACCAAGACCGAGUCCGAGUCCGAGUCCGCGUCCGCGUCCGAGCCACACGCAAUCCGAUUGCUGGUCAUUGCAGAUCCGCAUCUCAUCGGGCACCAGCGGGGUCACUGGCUCGAUCGGCUGAGGCGCGAGUUUGCAAUGCAGCAGUCCUUCCGAGCGAUUGCUCAGUUGCUGCCGGAAGACCAGCGUCCGCACGCCGUGUUGCUGCUUGGAGACAUCUUUGAUGAAGGCCAAUGGGACACCCAAGAAAACUGGGACGACGAUCUGAGGCGGUUUCAUCGCGUGUUUGACAUGUCGAGCAUGCGCAGUCCCAAUCGUCAACCACCGUUGCUCAAGGUCGUCGUUGGGAAUCACGAUGUUGGAUUUCACUAUGUCAUGAAUCAAUGGCUGCUCGAGCGUUUUGCCCAUGCGUUCGGCCCAGCCACGGAUUCGAUCAUGAUUUCGAGCAACUCUGACAGAACGACCGAGCGACAGUCCAUCCAGCUCGUCACGUUGAACAGUAUUGCGAUGCGCCAGGAUGGGUGUACACUGUGUAACGCCACACGAAGUCGCAUCUCGGACAUUGCACAAGAGUUGACGCUCCAACCGGACACGACCGAGCGCCCGCCAGUCGUUCUUGCAAUGCAUUUCCCUCUCUUCCGGACAAGCAUUGCCGAUCGCAUUGCCGAUCGCAUUGCCGAUCACAUUGCACGUGGCACCAAGAUGGAGCGCACCGCAGACGAGAGCAAUCGCCAAGAGCUGCCACCGACGUCGGUGACCUGUCCGGUUCCUCAGGACCGCUCGGGCGUUUUGCAGCUCCACCGCUCUGGUCGUGUCGCCAGGCGGCAAGUCUCAAGUCAUGAAGUUGUCACUCUUCCUGACUUGCUACCUCUGGUGAACUUGUCAGAGGAGCAGCUCGCCGAGAUGAGGUCGGGCGAAGACCGCGAGACCAUUUCCGAGGAAGGCACAAAGCUUUUACUGGAAUCGCUGGCCCCUCGGCUUGUAUUCUCGGCCCACGCUCACGAAGAUUGUGUCUUUACGCACUCUGAUGGCACCAUCGAGGUCAGCGUCGGCUCGUUCAAUCGCCGCAACGACCCGGAUGCGCGGUUUCUGCUUGCCACGGUCUCGACCGACGCCUCUUCGCCUGUGGUCGCGUCCGUUGUGUUUUGCCACAUCCCUCACGAGGACGUCGUCUACGUCAUGUACGCUAUUGCCGUAGCGUGUGUGGCACUGGUUGCGCUCUACUCUGGCGUCUCGUUUGUCUGGCAAACCGUCCAAUCGAGGCGCCGAAAGCGAGCCUAACGUUGCGCAACUCGGACGGGGUUGAGUUUGGUAUCGUUGGACCCCACCGUGCCUGCAUGUCAGUGUUGAUUGUACUAGAAGCUCAGUCGCUAAGAUUUGGCA